AUAAUUGCUGGCUGGAAAGUUUCUCCUUGAAUGUUGGUCAUUCACAAAUGUUGUGAAUGUUGGUCAUUAAGUGGACAGUGGAGCCUGGUCCUGGUAGAUUGCUUUCAGGGAGGGAAGUCUAGCUGUGAGCAAAACCUUUUUAUCAGCCAGGGAGUUUCUGGAGAAUCUUGGGAUUCAGCGUCAGUGGGCCAUGCAUGAUCCACAAUCUACGCUGGCAUUAAACAUCGACAUAAAUCAUAAACCUGUGCCCACGAAAAUGGAAUCGUAAUUAACUCACCUCUUCUCCCUUGCCAACCUACGCAUAUGUCAUUCAAGAUGUGAAGUGAGCAAGCGGCUGAUACUUGUUUCUCACAUUAGCAAGUCUGAAGGGAGAAAGUCUGAAAGGGGCUCCAGUGGCAUCAAAGUCACGGUUUGAACAAAAUUUGUUACCAGGGAGGGAGUGGGGAAAAUCUAGUCUCAAAUAUUCCUGUAGCUUAUGUGCUGACCACGUGUUUAUUAAUAGAAGUUAAAUCCCCAGAGGGUUUUUCUUUGGGUCCGCUGGUGAGCUGGAGAGGAAUUACAAUACCAAGAGAGUGACUGUAAAAUAAUUAUUCACCACGGUCUGCUGUGCAGACAUUUCUUGGCCAGCGGCCUCCCAGGCGCCUUAGAGGGAAGAACACAGGAAAAGGGCUGCGUGAAGUCGGACCACGGCCUUGCAGCGUGAGUCUGGGGUUAUCAGGUGGUGGCGGUGACCUGAAGAGGUCCCCCUGCUGGGGUGGGGUCCAGCUAAGACAACAAAUGUGGACACAGUAUGGGUUUGGAUCACAGCUGCCAGUUAUCUCUGGUCUUUGGUUCCCCCCACCCCUGCCUUUCUUUGUUUUGGGGGAAAUUUUUGCUUCUGCCAAGAUGCUCUUUUGCCAGCCAGCAAAAAAGCCAAAUUACAACCCAUGCCUCCACCAUUCCAUUUUAACGGUGCCAUGAACUUGUCGACCUUGUUCUGCUGAAUAUAGUGAACACACUGCAUGCGCUUCAAGCACAUGCAUUUGAAACGUGGGGGAGUUUCAGUCCAGAUAAUAGUUGAAGUUGGGGGUUUUUUUCUUCCUUUUUUUGUGUGCAGAGGUUGAGAACUCAGUAAUACUGCAGUCCAGGCCAAAAAAAACUCCAUAUGAUCUACUACCGAUUUCCUUUUAAGUUUCUCCCCCACCCCCACCCCACACACUCUUUUUUUGUUGUUGCUAGGACUGACUUCCUUUUAUUUUACUCCAACCUGCAUUCAUCCCAGUUAGAGAUGUUUCUUUACUCUCUCUCCCUCUCCCUUGCCUUCAGCUUCAAACAGUUCUUAUGUGGAAAACAAGUGGCUUUUUUUCUUAAAACGAUCUACUUGAAAAAACAGAACAAAACCAUAAAGGACAUCAUGACUUUGGGGAUAUAUUUUGGCAGCCAGCAGUUUCAGAGUUCACUUCCGAACAGGCCAGAGUUAGAUGCUUGGAACUAACAUGCCUACGUGACCACUGUGGCUGCUCUGAGCCAAACCACCUGCUAAUCUGAGCUCCUCUGGGAAGGAGACUGCCGACACCUACAGCGGUUAUUAAAUAAUUAGAUGCCUAAGUGCAGGAGGCUAUAGAUUCCUUGAAGAGUGGGGCCUUUUGCCUUGGGGGCUUCCAUGCUGAGAGCUGGGUGUUGGCUGACUGCCUGAAAUGAUCAGAGCUGGAGCAACCUUGAGUCCAGUAUUUUUAGUCCUAGUUUCCAUUUUGUUUGCUCCCAGCAGCGGUCAUUAUCGUUGCCUCAACGGACUUCCAGCUGGGCAGUUGUGGCAGCCAGGUUGACACACUGAGCUGCAGCUCAGAGGAUUACAGCCAGCAGUAGGCAGGAGCUGGCUUGAAUUGUGCUCAGAUGCUAUUGCGUGUCCUAGGAAGCCUACUCACAAUGGUGAUUUUUCUUUUGUUGGAGUCCUCCCCACUUUUCUUUGAUUCGGAGGGAUUGCAGGCUGAGCGCUAUUAAGACCAUCAGAAUUUCAAAGUGGGGCUCUUCCUGGGAUCUUAGCCAAGUGAAGAGGUAUGUUUGUUGGGGAUCUUGCAUCUUGUCACUUUGUGGAGAUGGAGUAGGUCACAGCGCUCUUUUCAGCGUCUUCUCUUUCAACCCAAACUCUUGUCUGUUUCACUCUUAUUAUUUCCAAUGAGGCUCAGGGCCCAAAUAAUCCCUGGGUGCCUUCUGAGGGAUGGGUAAGAUCUGUAUCUUAGGACCGGGACCAUCACCUCACCUCACUGAGCCUCAGGUCUUCAUCUGCUAAAUGGGGAUCGUAAUUAUACCCACCCCACAGAACUAGGAGAGGUAUUGGAAAUAUCUGAAAGUGCUGCGCAAAACAGGAUAGAUUAGGAAAAUAUAUACAUCAGCCCUGGGGUUGCUGUUGGGAAAGUGUUGGUUGGCAGUUGCAAUCCACCCACUCCCGUCUGGGAGAAAGAUGAGGCUGUCUGCUUCUGUAAUGAUCGACAGCCUCUGAACCCCAACACAGCGUUGCUGUGAGUCAGAAAGGACACCAUGGCAGUGAGAGACUACACUAAGAGUCCUUCUAGAUGUUACCCAUAUUGUGUCUGAGUCUUGCAGAACCCCGGAUAAGGUUAGCCUGAUUAAGAUAUUCCCAUUGGACACAUGAAAAAAUGAAAGUGCAGAGACAUGGUUUUGCUCAAGCUCCCCAAACUUGUGUGUAAAUAUUGUGUGUGUAUACACACACGUAUGCCAUCAUCCUAACAUAAUUUAAAUUUUGUAGCAGUAACAAAAAAAUCAUGAAAUCAAUUUUAAAAUAUUCUAUUUAACUCAGUAUAGAUACAUUUCAACAUCUAGCACUCGACACUUUUCAUGUGCUCAAUAGCUAUCAUAUUGCAUAGCACAGAUCUAGCAAAUUUACUAUUGAUCCACUGAGUUUGGGAUUGUGGGAUACUCAGAUAUAUGCAUACAUAUAAGUAUAUAAGUAGGUCCUGGACCCUGCUAUUUGAUAACAUUUGCUUUCCAGGACCUGAGAAAAUGUUUUUGAAGUAUUUUCACUUUGAAAUAAUUUCUUCUAGACACCCUUAGGAAUCAGCUGUCCACUCUCGAACAUGUCUGUGAGAAAAUUCCUAAAUCAUAAAGUCUAUGUUUAGGGCUCAUUAACACACAUGUGUACACUUGUGUCACUCAUCCUGUUUCCCAGCCCUCGGGAAAGUUCUGAUGGUUUUCUUACUCACAUGUGAUGAUGGAAAUACAUUGAGGACAGACCCCACGUCCCAACAGGGCCCAAGAAAAUUGUCAACUGGGGCUGAGUGAUUUUCGUUGGUGAACAAUUUUUAAAAAAUCAGUGACAAAAAUAUAGAGCUGCCUAGGGAAUACAAUGGCUGUGGGCUGAGAUUAAUGUCAAGAUUAAUAAAUGGAUUGCUUGAUGAAAAGGCGCAGGAGAACAAAAACCAGUAGAGAUUGUGGGGGAGGCUGCUUAUUAAUGAACUGUCAGCCCAGAGAAAGUUCAAGAAACUCUCCUGUGGUAAAUGCAGCAGGCUGGCACUUCUAAUAAAAAUCAGGGUCCUUCAGGAAUUAAUUACCCUAGUCUUACAGCAAGAAUUCUGGGAAUUGCGAAAUGUAGUGGCACAGACCAGCACGGGCCAUUGCUGCAAAUGGGAAGCCACAGGAGAAACUAAUAAUUUUCCCCCUCAUUGAUAUGCAGGAUAUUGUAGGAGCAUAAUAGCCAGUCGGACAUGGGGAUGAAUGAUGGGGUCCAGAUAUGCACUGCCUAAUGAAAGUACACAUACUUGGAGGGGGAAGUCCGUUCACUUUUCUCAUAUAAAAGUCCCUCCUGCGAUCUGACUUCCCCCUUAUCCUGUGUCCUUGCCACCAGGGAGUUCCACCUAAUUUCCAGAGUGGUUACAUGAGAGGCAGAUGGCUUCUACUCUGAUUGAUCAAGCGACGCAAAAAAAGUGAGCCUAGCGCUCAAAUAUUCCAAGUGGCUGUAAUUUCCCUCACCCCUUCACAUGUUGGCCUGACAAAACGUUCUUUUAAUUGAAAUUUGGUGUUGCCUCUGCCCAACGAGGCAACCCAAAGGAAUGUCCUGACAGGAGAGAGAUUGUCCAGGAUUUGCGAUCUGAUGGUGCACAGCGCGCCAAAUACAGCAAGCUGCUUAUCUCCUUUCACUCCUGCCAUGAAGGUAGAGUGCAAAGGCUCUUCUGUAAUGGGCUUCCUUGAAGGGGUCCCAGACAACCCAUUCAUCUCUGGCAUCUCUAGUUUCAUAAUUAACCAUUUCGCUUCUGGCCUAAACUGGUACCUGAUAGAGCCUGCUAUUUAGCAGAUUUCUGGUAAUGGAUGGACAGCUGGUUUUCUAAGAAUAAGGUACGUAUAAGAGGAAGUGAACAACUUUCUGUUGGUUCACAUGGCGGCGUGGUUUCUCCUUCAAGGUCUUAAGGAAGGUAAGGUAAGUUUCUUCUCAGUGAACAUGAGAGAAUUGUGUUGAUCCAUUUGAUUUGCACUAGGGCUUAAAACCUACAACGAACCAUUCCCUCCGUUGUGCAUAGAGUUUAUCAUCUUUCUUCUAAGUGUCAUAUCCUUGGGUAUUAAACCAUCCAUCACCUAUCACUCUUUGACUUCCCAGGCCCUCAUAAUCCACAUGAUACUUAGCCAUUCGAUUAAAACAACUUAAUGGCCCUUUCACGAAUAAUUAAUCUGCUGUCUUUUUAUUUCAGCUCCAGGCCUUUAAUUUUAAUGUUGAAUUAUCCAGCCUGUGUUGCCUUUCAAAGUCCCACUCCCUCUCACCUCAUCUCUUCAAAGGUUUAAUAUCUCUUUGGAAACCUCAGUGUUUGCUAUACUGAGAUUUUUUUUUUUUUAGAGGCUUCCAUAUUACCCUCACAUUUUUCCCGCUGGGUUGGACGUGAGUUACUGUGUGGGGAUCCGUGGGAUGAAAUGAAAAUCAUUUUAGACUCAAGUGUUCUGUCAGAUAGGAAAACACGGGGAUAGUUGCUAGGGGGAGAAGUGAAAAUAGCAUUGCUUGAUGGGAAAACUAAGUACAUCCUGUGGGUAUGUAUGGAUAGUCCCGUGCCUAACUCUGGAUGUUUUUCCAACAGUGACAAUUUAUACCAAAUGACCUCCCAGCUCGAGUGCAUGACCUGGAAUCAGAUGAACUUAGGAGCCACACUGAAAGGAGUUGCUGCUGGAAGCUCCAGCUCAGUGAAAUGGACAGAAGGGCAGAGCAACCGCGGCACCGGGUACGAGAGUGAGAACCACACCGCGCCCAUCCUCUGCGGAACCCAGUACAGGAUACACACCCACGGCGUCUUCAGGGGCAUUCAGGAUGUCAGACGUGUGCCUGGAGUAGCCCCAACACUUGUCCGGUCAGCCUCUGAGACCAGUGAGAAACGCCCCUUCAUGUGUGCUUACCCCGGCUGCAACAAGAGAUAUUUUAAGCUGUCUCACUUACAGAUGCACAGCCGGAAGCAUACUGGUGAGAAACCCUACCAGUGCGACUUCAAGGACUGUGAACGAAGGUUUUCUCGUUCAGACCAGCUCAAAAGACACCAGAGGAGACACACAGGUGUGAAACCAUUCCAGUGUAAAACUUGUCAGCGCAAGUUCUCCCGGUCCGACCACCUGAAGACUCACACCAGGACUCAUACAGGUAAAACAAGUGAGAAGCCCUUCAGCUGCCGGUGGCCCAGCUGUCAGAAAAAGUUUGCCCGGUCCGAUGAAUUAGUUCGCCAUCACAACAUGCACCAGAGAAACAUGACCAAGCUCCAGCUGGCGCUCUGAGGGGUCCGCGUCCCAGGCAGGACAGUGUGCAAACUACUUUGAAAUCGGACUUUAAAAUCCUCCCUCACGCGCCUCUCAGAAAGAAUGGCUGUCUAUCUUCAUCUAACUUCUAACACAGAUGCUGGUACCACUGGAUCCUGCCAGGUUUGCCCAGAAGCUGGUGCUCUCGGUUGACCCGCCAAGCCCUGGUGAAGUGGCUGCUGAUGCCCCCAGUUAGGCAAAAGCCCCUCCUCCCUGGGUCUGGAUUCUCCACUGUCAGGAGAGCCAUUGUUGAUCAUGUUUCCCCGCUCUCCUUUUCCCUCUAACCUGCAUUUUCCCUAGGAAAGGAGUCGUCGAACCAUUACCACCAUGGAGUAUUUAUAGGCCAUGGCAUGUGUAUGUGUCUGCUAAUGUAAACUCUGCCAUGGUUUCCAUUUACUAACCGCCACAGCAAGAAAUAAAUCAGAGUCCAAGGUAUUGGGGGUGAGACUCAUCCGACAUUCCGGAGGUCAGGCAGGCUGCGAACCUGGAAGGCAGGAUGUCCUUCUACCAGGCCACUCUUUAAAAAAACCGUGUGUUUCAAGCAGCUGAAAAAAGAAUCUGAAUAACCAGUAUGUCUCUCUAGAAAUGGAUACACACGAAUUGUAAGCAAUCAGUUAAUUCUAUUUUAACCUUAGCUCAGUGCUCUUAAGAAAAACUGUGGUUGAAGAUCUGAGAUUAUGUUUUUGUGGUUCUUUUUUUUUCUCUUGCUGGGAGGGCCAGGGGUGUUUGAGUAUUUGCAUCUUCAGAGGUAUAUAUAUAUAUAUAUUCUCCUCACACAAAAGAUGUGGAGUUCAUUUUCAUUGUUUGGGAUGUCCUGGUGUUAAGUUGUAAACAUUUAAGUGACUUUAAAGAAAAUGGGGGCUGGUUCAGGAUCCCCACUGGCAAAACUAUUCCUAGUAACUUAAGUACCGUAACUUUGGGUUGAUAAGUAUAUGUGAAAAAAAAUAAGACUUAACUAGUGCAAGGGAGUUUAUUGUGUAAAGGUGGUUGAGUGUGUGUGUGUGGCUUUUUUUUAAAUAAGGACUAUGUUAUUUACUAUUGCUGGAAAUGAUUAUGUAAAUAGAUGUGUAUAUAUACCUGAUAAUGAUUUGCUCUUUGAUAACUAAAUUUAGAAAGUGUAUAAAUCUUAGCAUCACUGUCUGGGUGUUGAUUUACAGCAUAUUGUUGAUACCACUGAACCAUGUAGCCUGCCUUUCUCACUGCGCCCUCAAUUAAAGUCCAUUCAAAAGGAAA